GCGCCUGCGCUGGAGCCGACCGUCUCGCUGGAGAUCGUGGCCAGGCAGGGCCCGCCGCCAGCAUGCGCCGCCUUGACCGUCGAGGACGGCGAGAGCGACUCCGCCUCCGAGGAGGUGCCAGCUAGGGCGGGCCGCCGGAGCGAGCUGCUGGCCCGACAGCGGGCGCGGCGGCGCGUGGCUCGGAUGGCCGGAGGGGCCGUGGCGAGGCUCCCUGGGCAGAGCCUGGAGGCCACCAGCGUGUCCGAGGCCAGUCGAGUCCGAUUUCGGGACUGUGUGCGAGAGCUCCUGGCCUUCGCCGACCAGGAGAACACGGCGCUGCGCGAGGGCGACGAGGUGGGCGAGUGUCUCGUGUCGUGGAUGAACAUGCGGCACCAGCUCGGGGACGGCGUGGGAUGGGGGAAUAUGUGCCCGAAGCACGGCCGUCGGCCCCUCCCGUUGGCCGUUUGGGCCGCCCUGGCACUGGAGCUGCUGAGGAGCGGGCAGGGGCGGGCCGGCUUUGGGGCGCUGCUGAUGGUAGACGCGUUCCUGAGGCCGUCCGAGCUGCUAAGUCUCCGACGUGGGUCCCUGGUGCUCCUGGCGCACGGAGGGCUCCGAGACUGGAGCCUGCACCUCUUCCCCCGGGAGGAGGCCAAGCGCAACAAGGUUGGGGGCGCCGACGACACCGUGGUGAUGAACUCCGAGCGGACGCGGUGUGCCGACCCAGUGCUGGCGCACCUGGCCUCAUGCCCCGCGUCGGAGAGGCAGUUCCCGCGGGACUACCAGCCGUUUGGCAGGCUGGCGCAGGGCGCAGGGGAGCGUUUGGGGAUCGAGGUGGUGCCGUACCAGGCUCGGCACAGCGGCAUCAGCCUCGACCGGGCGUUCCACCUGAG